GGCGACGAUCGACUUUCUCUGCCCCUCCCCUCUCUCCCGGCCGAGCCCCAGGCAAUACCCUCGACGAUGACCCACGCUGGCAUCCCCGACUCGGACUUCACCUUCGACCCUGCUUCCAAGGGGCACCUCGUAUCGCAAUGUGGCGCCGUCCGCUUGGACCCGGGGGGCGCCGGCGUUGCUGUCUUCCAUCCCCCGACCCUGGGGGAUACGAACUUUCGGCCGCUCGAUGCCCCGCGCAAGGGGUUCACUCUGGUGUUUCCGCUGCGCGCGGCGCCGGACGCCCCGGGGCGCUUCCAGGUGCUACUUGGCGAAAAGAAGCGUGGCCUCGGCCAGGGCUUGAUCAAUGGAUUUGGCGGCAAGAUCGAGCCCGGCGAGACGUCGGAGGAAUGUGCGAUUCGCGAACUUGCCGAGGAGGCGCACCUUCACGCCACAAGUAUUUCCUUCGUCGGACGACUGAAUUUCAACCUGCCCUCCGCAGAUCCGAACCGCCUGCUGGAUGUGCAUGUUUUUGUGGCCUGGCAGUUCACCGGUUCGCCGGUUGAGACUCCCGAAAUGCGGCCCUUCUGGGUGGAUGCCGACCAGGUGCCCUUCUCGGCCAUGUGGCCGGACGACACCAUCUGGCUGCCCUACCUGCUGUCCUACCUGGCCGGGGUGUACUCAAGUGACCAGGCCCCGGGCACCACCCCGCAGGCUCUGGCGGCCGACGGACCGCAUCUCCUGCUUUUGGCGCACUUCGACAUGCCAGACCAGGCCACCGUGGCCGCAUAUCGCCUGCACUUGGCCUUCGGCGGUGGGGCUGCUCGAGGAGACACCCUGUGGGCUGCGCUCAGCCAAUGAGGGGUGCCGCGAUCGCCCUGGCUGGGGAGGAAGAAGGGGAUGAAAGAAACCCCCCGGGCUCCGAGCAGCGCCAAGGAGGACCGAGGGAGAGAUCCGGAAGAGUGAGUGUGAAAAAGGGGCGGGGACAGGGGCCUUUCCGCCGCUCCGCCUGGCCUGCGUCCAUUUCUCGUGCCCCCUCUUCGCCACUUCUCACCCUCGAACAUGGACAUUGUUGGCUUCUCUUGCCCCUCGCUGCCCUUUCCGCGUGUUGCUCCUCCCACGGAGAGGCGCAAUCUCGAGGGGGCCCGAGAAAUGCCUGAUCUGGUAAUGUAGAUCCAUUUAAUGGAAAAGCCA